ACCUUACCCACACCCAAUCACUGCAGCAUACAUACCCUUUUCUUUGCAGAAAACAAAAAACACCACCAAAUUCUCUGCUUUUUUUUUACUUACCACUUGCUUUGCUUUGCUUUCAACAAUGUCUUUCUUGCUCUGUCCUCAGACUCGCUGAAAACUUAACCAGACUCAUCCAUGGAGCUCGACCUUGAAAACCCACUUACAAUCUCCCAUGACAUCCACUCUGAUACACUCACUUCAAUGUUUUCCCUUGAAUCUGAUCACAUGCCAUCAGAGACUUACUUUCAAACCCUUCAAGCUAGAGACCUUGACAUCUCCAUUCGAAGGGAAGCCAUAGCUUCCAUCUCACGGCUUUGUUGUAACUAUGAUAACCUUUUGCAGUACCUUGCUGUCAAUUAUCUCGACCGGUUCUUGUCCUGCCAAGGAAUGCUGCAACCAAAGCCAUGGCUCAUCAAGCUUCUUGCAAUCUCCUGCGUUUCUUUAGCUGCCAAGAUGAAGAAAGCAGAUUUCUCUCUUGCUGAUGUUCAGGGUGAUGGAGGCAUCAUUUUCGACACGCAAACGAUCCAAAGGAUGGAAGUGCUGAUUUUGGGAGCUCUAAAAUGGAGAAUGCGAUCCAUCACACCCUUCUCUUUCAUUUCAUUUUUCAAUUCUCUGUUCAAACUAGAAGACCCGCCAUUGCUGCAGGCUCUCAAAGCCAGAGCCGCCCAAAUCAUCUUCAAAUCUCAAAAGGAUGUUGAGCUUUUGGGGUUUAAGCCAUCAAUAAUUGCUGCCUCCGCACUUCUCUCUGCUUCUCAUGAAUUAUUCCCUAUGCAAUACCCCUGCUUUAAAAAAGCACUCUCCAACUGUUCAUAUGUAAAUAAGGAAAACAUGUUGCAAUGCUACAGUGCAAUGCAGGACAUUGUGGCUGAUGGAUUUGAUUCAGUGUUAGAGACGGUGUCUAGCGCAGUGACAGCAGCCAAUGUGCUAGACCAUAAUUUUUCAAGCUCUGCAGAAAGUGGAAAGACUACCGUCACCGGCAUGACCCCCUUAAGAUUGGAGAGGGACAUGAAGAGGAGAAAAAUUAGUGAAUAUUGUAAAGAUCACAGGGUCCAAAUUUCUCAGAUCCAAAACUGCUGAGACCAAUCUUAGCUAUUUCCACAGCUUAUCACUUCAAUGGUCUCUCUGAGAGUGACACUAGCUUGUAGUUGCCCCAAUAAAAAAAGAGAAAAUGGUCAAGAAACAAAUAGAGAAAGAAAAGAAGGAAGAAAAAAAAACUGAUGGGAGAGAGAGAGAAAGAAGCAGAAGAAGUUUUUCUCUCAUGGAUCAUGGAUGGACCAAACCAAACCAAACACUGUCAGUUACAUUUUCUUUGGUAGGAGAAGAAAUUAAAAGGAAUUGUUCUCUCUUGUGUUUUCUUAAGCUAUCUUCUUUUUGUUUUCUUUAGGAACCAAACAAAGACAA